UCGGAAAUUAUUUCCUAUUAUUAGUUCAAAUGGUAGCCACCACUACCAAAGACAUUAUUGAGUGGUCGAUGUUCGAACUCCAAAUUUCACAUUUUUCCGCAUUUAAAUGUGCGAGUCUUGUAUCUACUUGACAAAAAAAAAAAAAGGAUUAACCCAAAAAAAAUUGCAACAUACCCUUAACUGUAUAAAACAAAACAAUCCAUCUCCAUUUUCCAACAAAAACAACAUGGAGGUUCGCGACAUAGCAUACCGUUACUUAACCCAAGUCAACCACACUUCCGCCACGCAAACCAUCGCACGCGCCGUCCAUGCACACAUCCUCACCUCCGGUUUCAAACCAAACACUUUCAUCAUCAACCGUCUCAUCAACAUCUACUGCAAAUCCUCCAACAUCACUUACGCACGCAAACUGUUCGACAAAAUUCCCAAACCAGACAUAGUCGCAAGAACCACCAUUCUUUCCGCAUAUUCCUCCUCCGGUAACGUCAAACUCGCCCAACAAUUCUUCAAUGCCACCCCAAUCACCAUCCGCGACACCGUCAGUUACAAUGCCAUGAUCACUGCAUAUUCUCACUGUAACGAUGGUCACGCUGCACUCAAUCUCUUCGUUCAAAUGAAAAGAAACGGCUUUAAACCUGAUCCGUUUACCUUUUCCAGCGUGCUUUCUGCUCUGUCCAUCAUAGCGGACGAGGAGUGGCAUUGUCAAAUGUUACAUUGCGAGGUUAUCAAAUGGGGAGUAUUGUCGAUACCAUCUGUUUUGAAUGCGCUUUUGAGUUGCUAUGUUUGUUGUGCUUCUUCGCCGUUGGUGAAAUCAUCUCAGUUGAUGGCUUCUUCUAGGAAGGUUUUUGACGAGGCUCCUAAGAAUCAGGUUUACGAACCUUCGUGGACUACCAUGGUUGCUGGUUAUGUGAGGAAUGAUGAUCUUGCUGCAGCACGCGAGCUUCUUGAUGGAAUGCCUUAUCCUAUUGAUGUUGCUUGGAAUGCCAUAAUUUCUGGUUAUGUUCGUCGUGGUUUAUAUGAAGAGGCGUUUGACACAUUCAGGAGAAUGCAUUCAAUGGGAAUUCAGGAGGAUGAGUAUACUUACACCAGUUUGAUUAGUGCGUGUGCUUCUUGUAAUGAGAAAAUGGGGAUGUUCAAUUGUGGAAGACUGGUGCAUGGUUAUAUUCUCCGGACAGUGGUGGAGCCGUCACAACAUUUUAUUUUGUCUGUUAACAAUGCUUUGAUUACUUUUUACACUAAGCAUGAUAGAAUGGUAGAGGCGAGGCGAGUCUUUGAUAAAAUGCCUACGAGAGAUAUUAUUUCUUGGAAUGCUGUUUUGUCUGGGUACGUCAAUGUGCGGCGUAUUGAGGAAGCUAAUUCUAUUUUCAGGGAGAUGCCAGAGAGGAACUUGCUGACUUGGACUGUGAUGAUAUCUGGUUUGGCACAGAACGGUUUUGGAGAAGAAGGUUUGAAGCUGUUCAACCAGAUGAAGUCAGAGGGACUUGAACCCUGCGAUUAUGCUUAUGCUGGGGCGAUUAUAGCUUGUGCUGUUCUUGGAUCAUUGGACAAUGGACAACAAAUUCAUUCUCAAGUGAUUCAAUUGGGUCAUGAUUCGGGCCUCUCCGCAGGAAAUGCCCUGAUUACCAUGUAUGCGAGGUGUGGUGUUGUUGAAUCUGCUAAAUCUGUGUUUCUGUCAAUGCCUUAUGUGGAUUCAGUAUCUUGGAAUGCCAUGAUUGCAGCUCUUGCACAACACGGACACGGUGUCCAAGCCAUUGAGCUUUUUGAGCAGAUGUUGAAGGAAGAUAUAUUGCCUGAUAGGAUAACUUUUCUCACAAUUCUUACUGCUUGCAACCAUGCUGGCUUGAUCAAAGAGGGACGUCAUUAUUUUGAUACAAUGUGUACUCAUUAUGGUAUAACCCCAGGAGAGGAUCAUUAUGCCCGUUUGAUUGAUUUGUUAUGUCGCGCGGGUAUGUUCUCAGAAGCAGACAGUGUAAUCAAAUCAAUGCCUUUUGAGCCCGGUGCGCCAAUUUGGGAAGCUCUUCUCGCUGGUUGUCGGAUUCACGGGAACAUUGAAUUGGGUAUUGAAGCUGGCAGCCGACUCCUUGAGCUUAUUCCACAUCAAGAUGGAACCUACAUAAUCCUGUCCAAUAUGUAUGCUGCUUUAGGUAAGUGGGAUGAAAUGGCCAGGGUGAGGUUACUGAUGAGGGAACGAGGAGUAAAGAAGGAACCUGGUUGUAGUUGGGUUGAGGUUGAAAAUAUGGUCCAUGUCUUUUUGGUUGAUGAUGCUAGGCACCCUGAGGUUAAAGCCGUGUACACAUAUCUUGAGCAACUGGUAAUUGAAAUGAGAAAAUUGGGGUAUGUCCCUGAUACAAAGUUUGUAUUACAUGAUAUGGAACCUGAACAUAAAGAACAUGCCUUGUCUACACAUAGUGAAAAGCUUGCUGUUGUUUAUGGAAUUAUGAAACUUCCAUUAGGAGCUACAAUUCGGGUUUUCAAAAAUUUGAGGAUAUGUGGGGACUGCCAUAAUGCAUUCAAAUUUAUUUCCAAAGUAGUGGCACGAGAGAUAGUUGUGAGAGAUAGGGCGAGGUUUCACCAUUUUAGAAAUGGGGAAUGUUCUUGUGGCAAUUACUGGUAGGAAAAG